AUGGCCCCUCCAGGAUUCGGACCGCCAGGGUACUCUGUCCCGCAGCGCUACAUGCAUCGCGAACCGCCCCCAGAAGGGUCUGACACCAACACUCGACCCUACGCUAUCUUCUUUUCCUAUCUGUUAACAUGUCUUUCUGUCGCUGUACUCAUCAUUUUGAGACUCUUCAAAAGAGCCAAUGUGCUGCAAAAGUCAACAACCGCGCAGCUCCCGUCUAGAUCACAUGUCUGGCUGUUCAGUGGUCUUGCUUUGGGCAGUCUGCUCACGACAUGGACGUACAUGUUUCAGUACUUCAAGGUCAGCUAUCAAUCAUGGCUGAUGUGGCGGAGCUACUACGAACUUGAGCCACAUCAUAAACACUGGGGAUUGUGGUUGAAGGAGACCUCUUUAUUUCGGGAGGCAUGGGAGACUGUCAUUGUAGGCAAUGCGAGAUACUGGUGGUCACAUCAGAUAUUCUUCUUUGCAUUGGGUCUGGGAUUGUAUCUGGAGCAGAAAGGUAUUCGACGUGGUAUCAGAUACACCUGGGCAUUCAUGCUGCUUGGCCAGAUAGUAGCCAUCAGCUUUGCCACAAACCUCUUCUUACUCACCUUGCUUCUAAGCCCACCUACACCUGCUCCGUCGUCGUCAUCCGGAGUACGUCGGCCAACAUGGCUAGGUCCUUGGCUACUGAACCUCUUUGCCAUAUUUGCAACAGCGUAUCCGGCGAUGCAACUGGCCGAUGAACAUUACUGGCACCAUCCCACGCACUUUAUGCCGGUGCUUAUGGCUCCGCACGUCGCCCUGAUGAUCUUACCCAUUAUCCGCGCCAUUGUGCCAGCUGGGUGCUUCAACGACGAUCCUCAAUCUACCGACAAGAUCUACAAUUUUAUGUGGGCAUUGGUUCUGGGAAACGCUGGACUAAUGCUUGUAUGGACAACUGCAAGAGCAUAUGCCUAUGCCGGCUUCGUGGGAAUUCAGAGUGCUCUGCUGGAACACCCAGCUGUAAGCAGUGUAGGGUUCGACGUAAUCUUCUGCUGGAUCACUUGGACCUGUUGGUAUCUGGCACAACCGAAAUCUGGUGAUCAACGCGCAGGGCGAAUGAAUGGGGUGAAGAGCGCGCGUGCUGACAAUGGACCGGACACUGCUCUGGGUGCCAGUGGGUAUGACGGAGGAGUAAGACGUCGCUAG